AUGGCCCUGGCGUCCGCGCCUGUCAUCAGGCUUGAUGAAGGAGCUCCCAAGUCCCUUAGUCCAAAGGUGCAGCAGCACCUUGCCUCGAUGGCGAAUCGCACAGAGGCGGCAGCAUCAUCGCGAGGUCGGCGGACUUACAGGAAGUCAGCGUCCGUCGAGGAAAUCGACAGAGUAAGGGAGCUGCCUGACCUCAUGGGCAAACUGGACGAGAUGGGAAUGACGGAAGAGUAUGUUGCGUACCGAGAGCGAUACUUGGCAUGGCGGACCGGAGACGCCCAUGGAGCUUCGGGCGAGGUCGGGCACGCGCAGCCUGGAGUACACCGAAAUCAAGGAUUCGGCUUCUGGUACCCUUCUCUCGAGGUCUGGCAGUGGCGGAGGACCCUAUCUUACUGGAUUGCUGUGACAUUUUUUGAAGGCUCGAUCUUUUUUACACUUUCCUCCUUCCUGUGGUGCUACGCGGAGGAUCUUGGCAGAAUGAAGGAAGCACUGACCAAGUGGGGCUACGUCGGUGGCAAGAUCAAUUUCAUUGUUUGCACCUAUUUGAUGUGCAUCGAAACGAUCAACUUGACUGCCGACCACGAGGAGCAGAGGCGAAGAACGAUCGACAAGCUGACAGCGCAAAGUCUUUCUUCUUCUUCAGAAGAUGAGUCCUCAACGACACGUGACCAUCACGAUGUUGAGGAGAACUCGGACUACUCGGAUGGUCCAGGCUGGGAGUGCCUGGGUGAGGGCGUGGAGACCAGAAGAAGGGACGCAAAUCAAGCCGAGCGCUUCUACCUAAAUCCCUUCCGUGCGCAGAAGGCACUCCGAAAUCUGAAGCGAUUGGGUAGCGGCCCGUGGCCAUACUGGGCAUCCCUGAUCUACCUCCUAGGUGUGAUGUCUUUUACCGUGGGCUUGGUGGCAGAGUUUUGCACCUUCCUGCCCCACAGCGUAGAAAAAUGGACCUUGCUGUGCCUCGGUGAAGUCAUUCACGUCCCAAACCGGCCAAAGCCCAGGUCAGGGCUGGGACUCGACAGGAAAAGUUGA